UAUGGCUGCAGGGCGCUUCUUGUUCGUUUCCUGUUUGAACCUUGAAAGUAUUGUGGAACCUGAACAUUGACGUAAAAAUUUUCCAAUAUAUCAGCGCGUUUUGAGAUUCAGAAGCUCGGAAUUUUUUGGUGCAUUGCUUAUCUUUCUCAAGUUGUUUGGGAUCCAUCUGUGAUCAAGUUUACCUUUCUUCAUUUUGUUUGUAAUUCUGGAAGAUUCGAAGGCGCACGUAACAACGUAACCUAAUUGUUUAUGUACUUAUUUCAAAGUAGAAGAGGAAAUGGCGAACUCAAGUGACGAGUCUCUUAUUAUGACUUUACUGGAACAGAUCAGGGCUUUGGAAGAUGAGAGGGAUAAGGCUUUGCAGCUUGUUAGCGAGCUCGAGAAGAAAGUGAAAGUAGGCUCAAAGUCAGAAACAGACUCUCACGGAGUCCAAGGUAUCGACAGUCCGAGCGAGGAGUCUGAGACGAAACUUGAGAAAUUAAAGGAGGAGAACGAAGUUUUAAAAGGAACUGUUGAAUCAAUGGCACAAGCGGUGAUAUUCGAUCUCGAAGAAAUUCGACUCAAUGAAGAGCAACGAAGAUUUAAUUUAAAAGAACUCAUUUGCGAGGAGCAGAAUCAUCAAUCCGAAGAGUCAAGCAAGGACAUGGAUGCUGAUGGUUAUAAGACAAUGUUGGACAUGUGUAAAAAGUAUUAUGGAAAAAUGGUGGCUGAGCUUCAGGACGAGAGAGGCUCUCUACAGCAGAAGGUUGAGAAACAGCAAGCUUUGCUCCUGGAAAAGGACAUGAAAAUUGCAGAACUGGAAUUGAAGCUACAGCAAGGUUCUCGAAAGUAAAAUAUGAUAAUUGCUUGAAAUACAUCUUUGUGAAAACAGGUUAGAUUUUGUAUAUUUUGUUACGCGACACUCAGAGAAACCAAAGUUCAAAUGGGAUUCAUCAUUCAUAAGUUGCAUGGAGAUAAAUAUGGUUAUAAUAAUGAAAUAAAAUUAGGGGCUCCUGAUCAAGUUAAUUAAAAGAACUUGAAAAUCAUGCUUGGUUUUAUGCUACUCUGGUUUAAAAAUUUAAUGAAUGUAAGUGAGAAGUUACAAUUCAUAGACCCAUCCUACAGAACCCAUCAAGAGAAUUUUGAAUAGCCACAACAUUUAAGUUGCUCGAAAACCUUUUAAGACUUUAAGGUAUAUUUUCGCAAAACCUAAGGAUCCUGUUAGGAAAUGACAAUGAACUGACACUAUUUAUUCUAUUUUGUGCAAUGACUGUGAUCACAAGUAUAUCAGACAGACCAAAAAGAGCAUCAAAAUGGGGUCUUCUUUUGGGAAAAAAAAAAUUCAGCUUUGUCAGUUCACGCAUGUGUAACCACAGGCAGCUCAAGCUCUAGCUGUGAGAUGAUCAUCUUGUGAAAGAAGAGUCAUUGCAAAAUUAUAAGAAUUUGUAUGGGAAUAUUUACAACCACUCUAAUGACUAAAAAAAUAAGUCAAAUUCUCAUUAAAAUACCUCACCUUGCUUCUACAGUGCAUUUCCUGUUAUCUGAGCGCUUACUAUGUUGAAAAGAACUUAUUUUAGCUAGCUGUCCACUUCGGGCUUUCCUUAUGUACAUAGUAAACCUUGAAAUGGAUGACUUGCUAAAGUGGGUUCUUUUUAACAUAGUAAGCAGUCAGAUAACAAGCAAUGCAUUUUGAAAGUAAGGUGAGGUAUUUUUAUUGAGAAUUUGACUUAUUAUUUUAUUCCCUAGAGCUUCAAACUCACCUCUUAAGAAUUGUAUGGUACACAGUAAGGAGAAUUUCUAAUGAGAUCUUAGGAGUGAAAGGGUUAAUAUAAGUCAGUGCUGUGUUCAUCAAUGUCCUAACCCAGUGCUUCAGAUUUUUUUCUUUUCAACAUAUUGGGAGGAAACUUAGUGAUGUCUUUCAUGGUGAUAAUCUG